AUUCGGGGAAACCUUGAAAAAAUAUGAGAAAUGCAAGGAGAGGCAAUCCAACCGUGAAGCUCACAAUACCAAGGUGACUAAAUUUGUCUUCAGUAGGGAUUGUCGGAAUUGAACAGCACGGCUCCGAGUUUAUUAGUCGAAGCGCGAGCCUUCGUACAUCGGGACUCCAGCAAUGGCUGUAUUCUGGUCAUGUCGAGGCUCCUAGUCCUCGCCAUGAAAAGAUCUGCGUUUUCGACGGUGUUUCAUUGAACCGAAUAGUCUAAGCAUUUCUGCUUUUUUUAAGUGGUGUCACAACGCUUCACGUAUUCUGAGGCUAAUCACAUUUCAGCACCUGGACAGCUCCUCGCUGUGGAAGAUCUCCACUGUAUGUGCGGCGCGAGGACUCCCUGCUGUGAUAGUGGGGGAAGCCCUCGGUAACCACGAGCGGUGGAUCAUAAUGUCCCCUAUCAGUUUAAAGGAUGCAGUCUUCUAGUUAUUCGGUUGGACGGGGACACAAAAUUGCAGCUCCCUGAAUUACGAUGCUUGAAUUUCGGAUUCAGCUUCUUCGUCGUGCCCUGUAUUCUGAGAAGCGACUGGGGAGCCCGUCCAACGCAAAGCUGCCAAGGAUAGCAUCCUACACACUGCAAACCCGGAGCUGCACGCACGCUCAUCGUCGGCAAGGGAGACAUUGCAUUUACCAUCACGGGGGCAAGGAAGGCACGUCUAGACCGUCAACAAUGUAAAUCACUAAAGGUCCGUUAUGUGUCAAGAAUCUGUCCUCUGUAGUGAACUUGGGCGAUAGGAUCGGGUGACAUCGUGUGGACCUCAGGCUGUUGUUGUCAUCCUUCAGUAUGACCAACCCUCAGGCAGCUCAGCAGGCUGGGGCAGCAGACCUGGAGAUCAUCUCCCAGCAUGCUGAGGAGGAGAGCCAGCGCAUCGCGCCGGUCCAGCUGGUCGGCUUCACCUACCGCGAUCUCCCACUGGCUGCACUGGACCUCUCACUGGCCGGCUCCCAGCUGCUCUCCAACCUGGAUGAGGAGGACACCAGAGAGGGGUCAAACUGGCUGAAGCCGUGCUGUGGGCAGAGGGCAGCUCUCUGGCAGGUGUUCCUGUUCAGCGCUGGCUUUAACUGCAUUCUGGUAGCCUGCGUGGUCCUGGUGGUACUUCUCCUGGCCCUGGAGCUUCUGAUUGAUACAAAACUCCUGCAGUUUACCAACGCGUUCCAGUUCGCCAGCAUCGUGCACUGGAUCAGCCUCGUCAUCCUCUCCGUGUUCUUCUCCGAGACUGUCUUUAGGAUUGUCGUCCUGGGGAUCUGGGACUACAUUGAGAACAAAGUUGAGGUGUUCGAUGGUGCAGUCAUCGUCCUCUCCCUGGCCCCAAUGGUGGCCUCCACUGUUGCCAACGGACCCAGCAGCCCAUGGGAUGCCAUCAGCCUCAUCAUCACCCUGCGCAUCUGGAGGGUCAAGCGCAUCAUCGAUGCAUAUGUGCUCCAGGUGAAGGUGGAGAUGGAGCUGGAGAUUCAGCAGUAUGAGAAGGCCAAGGCGGUGAGAGAGGAGCAGCUGGAGCGCCUCACUCAGAUCUGCCAGGAACAGGCUUUUGAGAUCAGGCAGCUGCGGGCGCACCUGGCCCAGCAGGAUGUGGACCUUGCAGCGGAGCGGGAGGCAGCCAUGCAGAUCCACCGCGUUUGGGACACGCAGGGUGGCGGCUUUCAGGUGGUGGAGGGGCUGACCCCUGGGGAGUCGGACGACGAGAGCCAUGGGGGAGCCCGGGAACCCCGCCCGCCAGCAGAACCGGUUGUCCGUGACGACAUGAACAACUACAUCAGCCAGUACUACAGUGAACCAAGCAGAGACUCAGGGGGCCCAGAUGCUGGAACGCGUGUCAUCACCACUGCGGCCAUUGAUGUGCACCUGCCCAACAACCCCGCCCACCUGUCCUCUGCCCUGCUGGGAGCGGACGCCCCCGGCCGCACGGUGGGCGUGGGCAUGUCUGUGAGUGACAGCUCCAUCACCCCAUCCCGCUCCACCGCUGACGUCUACACCCACGGGCAGAGCCCCAGCAGCCACACGCCGGACUCCAGCACCGGCUGCAGCAUGGCUCACGACAUCUCCACCGACUGCUGCCCCCUGGAGGGUGCUGGGAGCCAGCGCAACCUCCGGCCUUACUGCAGCGCCCUGCCCCACAGGCAGGAGGACCCGCGAGACCCCCGGGACCCCAGCGCCGUGGUGCAGGAGCUGCUCUCCUCGCUGUCGGGGGACUCCUGCCUCGCCCCAAAGGGCCUGGACCCUGUCAACCUCAAACUGCCCAGCCCCACCGGCUCGGCCAAGACCAGCCCUGAGCUGGAGCACAGACUCAACAUCUACAACAAGAAGAACCAGGAGGGUCUGGGCACGCUCCAGACCAAGCCACUGAUCCACCUGCAGGCCAGCGAGCCCGCCCCCGGGGAGAAGUACCGGCUCCUGGACCCAGCCCACACCCCGCUCACCCGACUCCCUGACACAUCGUGACCAGCCAGGGGCCGCUGUUCCCCUAUCGCCACUGGCGAUUCCCUCAUCUUCAAAAACGGAAUGACUGAACUCGUGCAAACGGUAUAUGCCAGGUGGCCUCGUCACGCUAGCCCUCCCUGUGUGCCAUUAACAGCUCUCCUCCCGCUCCCUGAAUCGCUAUGGUAACUGUGAACGCCCCUCUCCGGGCCAAAAAUUGCACAACUGUCAGGGAGAAUCGUUUUAAGAGCCAGCACUGACGAAUCAUCAGGAAUUUGUAUUUUGAUAUUAUAUGUACGAAACCAGCUGUGGGCCAUGCUAAAGCUGUUAGAGAACAAGCUACAGUGAUAACAAGACUGCUUUCACAUAGGAUCUGUGGGAUGGGGUUGGGUGGGGUGGGGUGGGCACAGGGAAAGAAGGAUUAUGGGAAAAGGACUUGGGAGAAACAUUUUUCUUUAUUUGUAUGAGAUACUGUAACAAUAAUGUAUAAACUGUCCUCUCUGAUCCGGCGACUGCAGGGUAUGUUUGAUUGGAUGAGCUUUGUUCAUAGCAAAUUUCUUACCUUUUUGUCUUUCUACAUUAAAGCUGAUGACAUUUGUAUUGAACUUUAAGAGGACUUACAAGGUUCACUCCAGUAGAAACCAGAAGAGAGAAAGGAAGAUGGAGGGUAAGCGACCAAUCUUUUGAGGAAUCUGACUGAAAGAUGAAAGGGAACUGUGUUCUGGAAUGAAAUGAUCGUAGCAUGAACCUUUACAAAGAUCAGCUUUCUGAAAACGGCAAACUAAUCCUGUGCACUUUAAUGUUUACAGAUAUUUUAUAACCCGAAGAUGGAGGAGGUUUGUUGCAGAUCGCAGCUGUCAUUCGAAUUAAAAGCUAAAGUUUGUAAAAAUAUGGCCCCUGCUUUGAAUUG